AUGACAACCGUAGAUGAUAUUGAGAUGCAAAUGGCGGAUAUUGAUAUUGAGAACGAAGAGAACGAGGAACUAAUCUUUGAGGAGGGUGUGGAGGAAGACACCAAUAGAUUUGAUCUCUGUUUGGUGGGCCGUUUUUUAACUGAGAAAGGAAUCAACACCAGAAUUAUGAAAACGAAGCUAGCAGACAUCUGGCGACCGGCAAUGGGGAUAACAAUUAAGGAUAUAAAGCCUGGCCUAUUCCUUUUUCAAUUUUACCAUCAAGAUGAUUUUGACUGGGUUAGAAAUGGGGGUCCAUGGUCGUUUGACAAUGCUCUUCUGGUGCUUAAUGUAAUUAAGACUGGCGAAGAUCCGACGAAGGUGGCACUAGUAGAAUUGGAUUUCUGGAUUCAAAUAUAUGAUCUCCCGGUAGGUUACAUGUCAGAGGCUGUAGGCAAACAACUUGGAAACUUCUUUGGUACUUUUCUUGAGUAUGAUGCUAAGAAUAAUGCCAGCAUCUGGAGAGAGUUUAUGCGAUUAAAGAUUAGACUUGACGUCAGGAAACCUCUAAAACGCAAGAAAAAGAUAUGUAAACGGGAUAAAACAGAGGUGGUAGUGCAAUGUAAGUAUGAGAGGCUUGGGGAUUUCUGUUUCAUUUGUGGACUACUGUCUCAUUCGGAACGUUUCUGUCAAAAGAAAUUUGAGGGUGAAAGUCCAAUGAUCAGAGAAUGGGGAUCGUGGCUUCGUGCUCCUCCACGGAGGAACGCCGGCGGGAAUAGAAGCAAGUGGUUGCGUGAAGAUGGUGGCGGUGGUGACUGGAGCGCCAAAUCAGGGGGCGCAAAUCUCGCUAGGCAGGAUAAGGGGGGAUUAAUUCCGAAAUUUAUGCAAGUUGGCAAAGAUAAGGAGAAAGUUGUUAAUAUGACUGAUUUUCCGGGAGGAAAAGAGGGAGUUAUUUCAAAUUCAAAUGCUGAGGAGGGAAAUACACGUCAAAGUCUGGAUAAGUCGGGUAAUGGGCCGACUGAAGAGGAGGAACUUAAUGGGCUAGUCUUUGAGGAAAGGAAGAGGCAGAGGAGUGAAAAGAUUGGGCCGGUCGGUAAAAGUAUUACUACAGAUCAAACAACAAACUUGGAUACUGGGUUUUCUGGAAUGGAUUACUCAGAAUCUUCACCACAUUUUUUGGCUACGCUUGCUAAGCAAGCUAGCCAGUCCAAAUGA